CAUCCCACCUCAAUCAUUCCCUUUAACCAAACAUAGCAUCAGUCCCACCCCUGUGCUGUUUGACUAAUGACAUUGAGGAGCAAAGUGAAAAACGAGAAGUGUCCGAGAACGCACGUGCCAACAGAGUAGAAUACAGCAACUAAACGAAGAUCAAUUGCGCUGACUGAAGACUCUUUCCUCGCUCGCAUUCACAACUCCAUAUACAAUCAAUAUACUUAUAAUCUCAUUUCUUUGAUUCAGAAUCGAAUUGGAAUAUCCUCAACAAAACCCUAGAUCUGAUCAUUUCUGAUUUGAUUGAUCUGUCGCUGAUAUUUUCGGUUGGAUCGUUUGUUGCUCAGAAUUUGGGUCCACUGGAUCGGAGAGAUGCCGGUGGCUGCUUCCGCUAUUUACUUCUUGAAUCUCCGUGGCGAUGUCCUCAUCAAUCGCCUCUAUCGCGAUGACGUUGGGGGAAAUAUGGUGGAUGCCUUCCGAAUGCAUAUAAUGCAAACGAAAGAACUUGGUACAUGUCCUGUGCGUCAGAUUGGAGGUUGCUCUUUCUUCUACAUGAGAAUAAGCAAUGUCUACAUUGUGAUUGUUGUUAGCAGCAAUGCCAACGUAGCUUGUGCAUUCAAGUUUGUUGUUGAGGCUGUUUCACUGUUUAAAUCUUAUUUUGGUGGGGCUUUUGAUGAAGAUGCCAUUCGUAAUAAUUUUGUUUUGAUUUAUGAGCUCUUGGAUGAGAUCAUGGACUUUGGUUAUCCUCAAAAUCUCUCUCCGGAAAUUUUGAAGCUUUACAUUACUCAGGAAGGAGUACGCUCACCUUUCUCAUCCAAGCCUACUGAUAAGCCAGUCCCAAAUGCAACUUUACAAGUUACGGGUGCUGUAGGAUGGCGUCGAGAGGGUCUUGCUUAUAAAAAGAACGAGGUGUUUCUUGAUAUUGUUGAAAGUGUUAAUCUUCUCAUGUCUUCAAAAGGUAGUGUUCUGCGAUGUGAUGUAACUGGUAAAAUUCUUAUGAAGUGCUUCCUUUCUGGAAUGCCUGAUUUGAAGUUGGGAUUGAAUGAUAAAAUUGGCCUCGAGAAAGAGUCCCAACUUAAAUCACGUCCUACAAAGAGUGGGAAAACCAUUGAGCUCGAUGAUGUUACUUUCCAUCAAUGUGUAAAUUUGACAAGGUUUAACUCAGAAAAGACAGUUAGUUUUGUGCCACCAGAUGGUGAAUUUGAGUUGAUGAAAUAUCGUAUCACCGAGGGAGUAAAUCUUCCAUUCCGGGUGUUGCCAACUAUUAAGGAACUGGGUCGGACACGAAUGGAAGUAAAUGUUAAGGUGAAGAGCGUAUUUGGAGCAAAAAUGUUUGCGCUUGGAGUUGUGAUUAAGAUUCCAGUACCAAAACAAACGGCAAAAACAAGUUUUCAAGUGACAUCAGGCCGAGCAAAGUACAAUGCAUCUAUUGAUUGCUUGGUGUGGAAGAUACGUAAAUUUCCUGGACAAACUGAGCCAACCUUAAGUGCAGAAGUAGAGUUGAUUUCCACGAUUGCAGAAAAGAAGUCUUGGACUAGGCCGCCAAUUCAGAUGGAAUUCCAGGUUCCUAUGUUUACAGCAUCUGGAUUACGUGUUCGUUUUCUCAAGGUUUGGGAGAAGAGUGGGUACAACACAGUUGAGUGGGUCCGCUAUAUUACCAAAGCUGGUUCAUACGAGAUUAGGUGCUAGAAACACAGGAAUUCUGUUGUGAAAUUUUCUUCGUCGGAGCUGUUGGGUGGAGAGCGGGAACAUGUUCAAGCUUGUGGACAAGGUAUAGUGACCUCCGCUACUCGUCCACAGACACGCAGCCCCACUAAUUGGCUGUUGUAUUAUUUGACGCAUUUGUUGAAUCGUCUAGGGCUCUGUCAAUAAUGCAACACUAUUGGAGAUCAUGUGUUGUAAAUGCUAGUCCUCCAUUAGGACUGGAACAGUAUACGUCUUCCUUUAUGAUACUUUGUGGUCUUAUUACUUUUUAAUUUGUGUUGUAAACCGUAGUCCUGAUAUAGGGUGAACUAUGUAAAUUUUAUGUUGUGCAUAUUUUGUGGUUGCUUUAUUGCUUUGAUUGGA